CUAAUGGGCUUUCAGAUUGGUCACGGCGAUCGCAGCAUCAACAAUAAUAAUUAAAAAGGCCAGAAUCAAAACCAACGGUGUUGAUAGACCUUAUUCUCUCAUCUGAGUCGUCUCCUAUCUCCUCUCUUCUCCAGCGUCCGAUCCCUUCUCUUUCCUCAUUCUCCCUCCCAAUCCAAUCCUCCUUAUUCUCUCGCGCCUUUUUUACAAAAUCCUCCUCUAAGGUUUUCAAGAUGGCGACGGAGGCACCACCGGCAAGCCCUGGCGGUGGCAGCCAUGAGAGCGGCGAACACAGCCCCCGCUCUAACUCUAAUUUUCGUGAACAAGAUAGGUACCUGCCCAUCGCCAAUAUUAGCCGGAUCAUGAAGAAGGCUCUUCCUGCAAAUGGUAAGAUCGCUAAGGAUGCUAAGGAAACUGUUCAGGAAUGCGUCUCUGAGUUUAUCAGUUUCAUCACCAGCGAGGCGAGUGAUAAGUGUCAGAGAGAGAAGAGGAAGACAAUCAAUGGUGAUGAUUUGCUAUGGGCUAUGGCGACGUUAGGUUUUGAGGAUUAUAUCGAUCCGCUUAAGAUUUACUUGUCUCGAUACAGAGAGAUGGAGGGUGACAGCAAGGGAUCGGCAAAGGGUGGGGAAACGUCUGUUAAGAAAGAUGUUCAGCCUAGUCCAAAUGUCCAGAGUCAAUUUUCUAUGCAAGACAUAUCAUCUUAUUUGGGAACAUUUGGCAAACGAAACCUGGCAGAUUUCACAUCAAGGUGCGUUCUCGCAAGGUGUCAAUUAUGCAAAUUCUCAAGUCCAGCAUAUGAUGGUUCCUAUGCAUGACUCCAAGUAAACUUCUGCUUUCCUUAAUGCAAUGUCAUCGUUUAGAGCCCUAUUUAAUAUCUAGUUCCAUGCUCACAACAAAUACUGUACCAAAAUAUCAAAUCCAAUGUAAACACUAAUGUUAUGAAUUGUUAUGGUUCUCUUGUUGUAUCUAGAGUUAUUCUCUGUUAAUGUUUGUAUAAUUAGGGUAUUUUUUUCGCAGUUGAAUGACCGGGAAAUAUUGUAAAUCUUGUGAGGAUGAGUAUCCUAUUAUUUGUAGACUGGAUAUGUGUUUCUUUGUAUUAUGAAUUGUUUAGAUUACUUCUUAUGCAUUUGUUUCUGCACCA